AUCUCCUUCCCAGCCAGCACCCACCUACCGCAUCGUACUUCCCUAUCAUUAUACUGACGGCGGCAAGGCCUUCCCGAAACAACAAACUCCACAGGACUCCACUUGCACUCAGCAGCGCCAGUCACCAGUUUGACAUUGGGCCACACACGGCAACCGAAUGGUCAGACAGCCCACCCAUCUCGACCGUCCGCACAUUUCCCUCACCUCACAGCCAUGACAAACCCCUCCCCCGUCCCACGAAUCACCAUGCGGCCAGAGGUGGAUGCGUGAGGGGCACGUUAUACCUUGUUUGCGCAGGUUGCGUGGGGAACUAACUGUUGGCUCUAAUCCGGGAGAUCGGCUGGAAGCGGGUUAGCGGGGUCCCUGUCCCUUGUUCUGCCUUUCGUCACUCCACUCAACAUCUCUUGGAUCGCGAGAUGCGUCAAUUGUGCGGCCGGAUCAGCAUCGUCAGCAGCAUCAUUAUCAUCCCUUAGCGUUACGAUAGAGGCGAAGAAUUCAUUAAUCCCAAGCCGGAAACAAGUAAACGCAGGGCCAGACGCAAAAUCAACGCUUCCUGCCCUCCUUCCCGUCUCGGCAUGCCGUCAGUUGAGCUCCUGGGUUUUGUUCCUUGCAAUCAUUUGUUUUUGCCACUCUUGCCGAGCUGCUCUAUACACAGCGCCAAGAUCCACAAAUGCGCGAAAUGUGCGGGCUCUUCCGCCUUUGACAUCGAAGGCCCACUCCUAGCCUCCCAUCAUUGUUUUUUCAAGAAAGUCCUCCGUAUGGACAAUGAUAUUGAGUGGAAACUAGAAAUGGACGAAACGUACAAAGUAGGCCGUUUCGCCACGCCACUACGCGUUGUUCGUGCAGUCCUCGGUAUCUUCAUAUUCAUUACUACUAUUGGUCCCAGACAAAUGCUCGACGUCGAUACAAGACGCUAG